CGCGCCACGGCAUUCCCGCGGCGCACUUCGGCCCGAGCACAUCGCACAUCGCUCUCUCUCUCUCUCCCGCAUAUAGGAGCUAUACACUCUCAGCUGACAGAGUUUCUCUCUCAGUAUACACCUGCAGAUCGACCGGUAAUCUGGAUAAUAACUCGUGGGCAGUGUGCAAGUGAGUGGCGAGCAGAGACGCAGUGGAUGCGAAAUAUCGCGCGUUGAAAACAAAAAUUUCAACCGUUCGCAGCAGUGGCGGGAGUUUUCGAAUUUCGCGCGCGCUCGACGAACUUGUGCAGCCCGUGCAGUAGUGCUUGUUGUUGAGAGCUGUCAGUGGUACAGAUAAGCGCAGUGUUGUAACGGACGGACAUUCGCAUUAACACCGAGGGGAAGAGGACGGGCCAUGCUCCUCGUGCCCCGGCGGCCCAGUCUCGUUGGCCUGUCUCUAUAACGCUGAUUGCAAGAGAUGAAUCGCUGUUAGCGACAGAGAGGACAACCAGCCCGAAAAAAGCCAGACGUCAGGAUGCGCUGCCUUCUACUAUUGAUUUUCCUGACGGGAAUCGUCGCCAGCGACAACAGCACUCUCGACGGCAGCCUAGAAGCCGUAAACUCGGCCAACAGUUACGAGGCGGAUCCAGCUACUCAGGGAAUUUCCGGAGGUGAAUGGACGUCUUGUUCGAGGAGCUGUGGCGGUGGCAUCUCCAAGCAGCAGAAGCAGUGUCGCCGAAAGCCGUGCAAAGGCAGACCUUGGAACAUCAAGUACAAAGUUUGCAACGUGCAGCCAUGCGACAAGCCGUUCGACUUCCGCUCGGAGCAGUGCUCGGACUUCGACAGCGUACCCUACAGCGACCAGCUGCUCAAGUGGUAUCCCUACUACGACCCGUCGCGGCCUUGCGCCCUGAUCUGUCGAGGCGAGCAGCCCAACAGCAGCAACGCCGCCGUCGUCGCGGCCACCGCUGCCGAACAGAUUCGCGCUCUGAAGGAGCGUCUGCUCAGCAGUGCCGAGGAGUACGAGUCUGACGAGUCCAUCGUCGUGCAGCUUGCCGAGAAGGUGCAGGACGGCACCAGGUGCUAUCCCGACAGCCAGGACGUCUGCAUCAACGGCGAGUGCAUGAGGGUCGGCUGCGAUAUGAGAGUCGGCAGCAACAAAAACAGAGAUGCCUGCGGUGUUUGCGGAGGCGACGGUUCAACGUGUAACGUUAAAUACGCCUGGACUCUGGAAUUCACGUCGGCUUGUUCCGAAACUUGCGGAGGAGGCUUUCAAAUCGCGUCAUCCGUAUGCAAGAGCACUGGACCGGAAGAGAGCAUUGUCGACAGUUCAAAAUGCGAUGCGGAUCUGAAGCCAGAGGUUGUACUUUUGCCUUGCAACACGCAGCCCUGCUUGACUAAAUGGCUGACCGGCGAGUGGAGCAAAUGCAGCGUGUCCUGCGGCGGUGGCUCCAGGAGCCGCGCGGUUUUCUGCAUCGAGGAGAACGGCAACGCCACCAGCAAGCUUCCAGACUACAAGUGCAGCGCCAGCCACAAGCCGAAGUACCAGGAAAUCUGCAACACCUUCUCCUGUCCUAUGUGGGAAUCCGGCGAGUGGAGCGACUGCUCAGCGUCGUGCGGCUCAGGCGUGAAGACACGCAGCGUCGAGUGUCGCGACGGCAACGGUCGACUCUCCGACGACUGCGAUCCAUCGCAGAGGCCUCGAACCGAGCAGGAGUGUCGCGCCACCGCCAGCAUCGAUUGUUCCAGUUAUGGCGAUGAGAUGACGCAACCGCUGAUGCAGCCCUACCCACCUGCGCCCGUACCAGAGAAGCUCAUAGACCAGCCAGUGCCCUCGCAAUCAACGUUCAUAGCGGACGAGUGGUCGCCGUGCAGCGUCACCUGCGGCGAGGGUAUCCGUCACCGCGAGGUCAACUGCAAGAUCUUCCUCGAGUUCAGCCGGACAAUCGCCAAGCUACCGGAUCACCAGUGCUCGGGACCGAAGCCCCAGGAGACUGAGAAGUGCUCGAUGAUGCCGUGCAACCUCAUGGAAAACAGUCUGGCCUACCGCAUCGAUACCGUCGGCGACAGCAGCUACGCCGAGAGCAGCCUCACCGACACCUUCAGGUCGUCCUCGCUGGCGGUCGGUGGAAGUGCCGCGGCCAGCAGCGGAGGACCAUCCGCCAGUUCGGCCGGUACUGGCUACGAGAGUAACGUCAAGGUGGCUCCUGGAAGUUCCAUCAAGACAUCCUACUCGUGGAAGGAGGUCGGCUACACUGAUUGCAGUGCGACCUGCUUAGGAGGUGUUCAGGAUUUAAUAAUAACCUGCGUCAGAGAUGACACGGGCAAAACUGUGAUGCCCCUAUUGUGCACCGCGGAGACUAAGCCGGAAUCUAGGAUAAGAGUUUGCAACGACCACCCGUGUCCCCCGAGAUGGAACACGAGCGAGUUCGGCUCAUGCCCGAAACCCUGCGGCUUUGGUAUCCAAACGCGCGAGGUCACCUGCAUCCACGAGGUAACGCGCGGCACUGGGAAUACUGUAGCCGUGCCGAAUCAUAUGUGUCCACAGCCACCACCCGCCGACAGGCAGUACUGCAACGUCUGGGAUUGCCCGGUCGAGUGGCACGUGGGCGAGUGGGGCAAGUGUUCGAAAACCUGCGGCGGUGGCACCAAGAGGCGUAAGGUGAUAUGCGAGCAGGUGAUGGCCCAGGGCCACAAGCAGACGCGCCAGGAGCAAGACUGCCCUUCGCCGAAGCCGCGCACCGAGAAGGAGUGCAACAGUCGUCCGUGCGAGCAGCUGAGCGCUGGCGCUCAGCCCAUCAUCGCCAGCAAGAACACGACGUACAUUCAGGACGAGCCCGGGAAAAAGGUCAACCUGGACAUCGGUGGCCAGGCGACGAUUUUUCAAGGCACUCCGGCUAUCAAGAUUCGCUGUCCUGUUAAGAAAUUCGACAAGGCUCACAUUGUUUGGAGGAAGGAUCACGAGGAGUUACGGAAAUCGAAGAAACACAAGAUCAACAAAAAGGGAGCUUUAAAAAUCGUGGAUAUAAACUUCUCCGACAGCGGAAUAUACUCCUGCUGGGCUGGACAGACGAACGCUGUGAUGCACCUCAUGGUGAAGCCGAAGCCGCGAGAUCUAAUGAGCAACGAGGAAGUUUUACGCUCGGGCAACGCGGUGCAUCAGCGUCAGGGCGCCCAGCUCAGUUCCGCUCCAGUUAAUUCCGAGCCAUUUUACGGAACUUUUAGCGAGGAAAGCCAAGAAUCCCGACAGGAGAGUCAAAAAACGACGACCGAGAAGCCAGAGAAGAAAAAGAAGAAGAAGAAGCAGCAGAAUCAAGCAGCAAGCCCAUCGCCCUCAGGAUCCACGGGAAAACACGACUACUCUGUCACGCCACAGCAUCAGCCGGUUGAGUCGUCGGCUUCAUCGAGUGCUUCAACGGUGGUGCCUCACCUCAGUUACCUUAUUACGACUAUCAAGAGCUACUGGCCGUUCCAAGAUUCGACUAACCCGGGCAUCGGUUCCACUGGUACCAGCCAUCAUCGCGGUUACGAGUACAGCCAAUACCACGAGAUCCGAGCAACAACGACGUCUAAAACCCACCACUCGUCUUCCGAAGUCUUUCCGGAACAAAGUCGUUUUGACCCAACUCGCGGCGGUGAGUACGACUUCUUCCGAGGCAAUACGGCCAUCCCGGACAACACUUUCGGACCUGACGAGGAGCGUAUUUUCAUCGACGAGGAUCCCUUCGAGGCAGAGGAAGCGGUCUUCGCAAUAGAGCAUAAAGAUGUAUCGCGCCAGCCCGAUCCCACAUCCCGCCACGAGACCAGCUUCGCCUUGCCGACGGUGACAAUGGUGAACUUCGAGGGUCACUCGACGCGCCACCACCAUGGCAGCACCGAAUACGCCGGUAGGAAUCAGCGGGGUACCCAGAGCAGCAGACAUUUGGAACUGAUCAGUCAGCCGACAAUUGAGCGGGAGACGAUCGCGCAAAGUGAAUCGACUGAAAAAGAGGAGGAGGUCGUGAGGAAGAGCUCAAUCGAUUCGGACAAGAUCACGCCCAAGAUAGCGGAUGAUCUCGAUAAGGGUAGCUUCGAGCCCUCGGUAUCAAGUGCAGCUUCUUUCCUGGAAGAAGACGAAUCGGAGACCGACGUGAGGCAGGUGAGCGAGACAUCAGUGACGAUGAUGGAAAAUGCUUCGACGACUAGCGCGCCGAUGAUUUCCAAGAUCGAUGAGAAAGGGGAGGUCCCAGAAGAAGAGGAGUUAGAGGUCGGCGGUAAGACGGGCAAAGAGAUGAUGAGGAACGUGGACGUCGCCAAGACUGCAACGACCAAAAUCGAGGCAAGCAGGAACGUGACACCUGUUGUGCUCGGCAGCGAGGACAAGAACCAAGAGCCAACUAUCGGAUCUGUCGUGGUCUUUAGCAAAGCUAUGGACGAUUUGAUAUUCGAAUGGGUCACAACCGAUUGGUCUCGAUGCUCACAAACAUGCGGUGGCGGAGGAUUUCAGAUGCGCGGUGCCCAGUGCACAGUCCGUUCGGCAAAGAACGAUUCGAACGCGAACAAAGUCACAUCUCGAACCGUCAUUGGUGCAUCGCUGUGCGAGGAUGCGGGUUACCCUGUACCCGAAAAAGUACGAGCUUGCGGUGCUGGAAAAUGUCCACAGUGGUACAGCGGCGAAUGGUCGCCUUGCGAAACUUCUCGUUGUUUCAAUUGGAAAACCGCUAUGCAAAGGAGAGAAAUUAGUUGUCGCUUAAUUGAAGAAUCUGAAAAUAAAACGGAAAACGUAACCACUACAGACCCAGGCAAAUGUGACGAAGCUAUGAGGCCUCCACAAAGACAAGAAUGUUAUAAUGACGCUUGCAAAGGCGUUUGGAGAGUUGGUGACUGGUCAGAGUGCACAGCUUCAUGCGAAGAAGACGGAAUCAAAUAUCGAAUUUUGCAAUGUGUUUGGUUUGGAACGAAGAAACCAGCUGGUAACGCUUGCAGGGAUAUACCUCGACCGCCAGUCAUGAAGCCCUGUCGCGGACCACCGUGUAUCAAAGCUUCGGAUGAGUGCAAGGAUUAUUCACAGCUAUGCGGACGAGUGAAAUUACUGGGUAUGUGUCGUGUGCCUCUCUACGGAAAGCAGUGCUGCAAAUCCUGUCAUCAAGAGCGGAACUCAUAAAUUGAAUCGUGAAGCUCUUUCUAAAACGGAAAAAUACGUGCAAAGUAAGAGUCGACCAAAACGAAAUUUUCUUACCUUCGUAAACUUGAAAUACUUGGCCGUUAGGCAUCCGAGUGUUGCGACAUUAACUCGAUUCCUAUAUAAGAAAUUGCGAAUUUCAUCAAACAAGUAGUUUGUGAGAAUUACGUGUGAGCUCUUGCUUAAACUAUUUAAUUUAGGAGCAGUUUAAUUAUUUGUUUGUGUGCUCCUUUACCCUUCGGACUUUUGGAUAUACUAGAACUCUCACGAUAAUUUGAUUUGAGACUGCUAAACCUUUUCAGCAUUGGUGCUUCAAAUCAUAUAGAGAAAAUCUCGAAAAUUAAUAUACAAAAACGUUGUUAAUACCGAAGCGAAGGAAUCUGAACGUAAAUGCAGCAAAUUAUCACUGGUGCUGCAGAGUUACGUGUAUUUAUUUAUUUAAAAUACCUAACAGAAAACCUUAGAAAAUAUUUCAUAGUUUUUGUACUUUAAUAUCAUAUUCUAUAUCGUAUAAAUGUUUUAAUGAACAUUUCAUUUUACAUUUGAAUUAAAUUUUUAGUUAGCAGCGUAAGUUUUAUAGCUUACAGUUUUACGCGAAUCCUAUAAUAGAAUGAAUUGUUAGGUUCGGAUAGUUUGAAAAAUAUGAUGAUGAAUUACAAAGCAAAGAAACUUUUCUGAUAUUUUUUGUUAAACGUGGAGGCUAGUUAAAGGGAAAACUCAUUUUUCAAGACUGAAAAGUACUAUAAUACUGUUUAAAAAGUAUAUCCACACUGAACAGAAUAAAAGCCAAUCCAACUUGAUAUUUCUUAAAAUAAAGCGUCGUCAGUUUAGAUUGCAAAUUGUUUUAGACGUUAUCCAAAGAAUAUUCAAAUUCGCACAACCUAUCAACAUCUUUUUCUAUGUUAUGUAUAUCAAGUAUUUACUAUACUUCCCUCUAAUCUUAUUACAUUUUUUUCAACUGGAAGAAAAAAAGACGUAUAACUCAGAAUACAAAGUAUAGUAUCGUUGAAGUGACACAUUCGUGGAUUACGCAAAAUAUAAAUAUAUAAAUAAAUAUAAAUAUAUAAAUAUAUUAAAAAAUAUGCCUACUAUAGUAUACUUUCGCGGGUCAAACGUAAGCCAAUAGAGUUUAAGCAAUAAAUAAAUAUAUAUAUAGGCAAUUGUAAGAUAAUAUUUUGUUAAAAGGUGUCAUGUUUGACGAAAGUUCGUUGACACAUGACUCUGUCGUUCGGACACAAAAACAAUUGAUCGAUCGACCAAUUUAGUGUUUUAUGGUGAUAAUUUUAUAAUGUUAACAUACUUUCGCCAUCAACGAAUUUGCCUCGAAAAGAUGGCUGCGCGACAGGUUUGCCAAAAAGAGCUAUGCAAAUAUGUAUGAUGAUGUAAAAUGGAAAACGAUAAAAAAACAAAAGAAAUUAAUAAUCACGCGGCGAAGAAAGGGAGGGCUUUGCGACAUACGAGCUUCUUAAAUGCAGCGUAAAAUAUCAUGAUUCUUCUAAUCGAGAUAUCUGUAUGCAGUGUGCAGAAUGCAGAUAUUUGUAAUCGCACGCGUAAUCUAGAUUCUAUUUUCGGUAGUUUGCUUUAAAUCGUCCAAGCUCAUUUUACCCUGCCUUUCCUCCCUUUCGUUCGCGGAGAUCGCCGUCGAACAAAAAAUGGUUAUCAUAUUACUAAUAUAUAUACGUGGGAAUGUGUGCAUGCAGAUCGUUCUGAGCACAUAAGUGCGUGAAACAGGAAUGGUAGCGUACGGCGUUGUGUUAAAAUUCCGUAUAUUUAUAUUCAAUUUCCUAGAGAUGUUUUCCCCGAUACAACAGGCGUAUAGUAUAAUGAAAUAUACGUAUUUCAGAGAUUUUCGUUAUAUUCAAAAACUGUACAAUUAAAUCCUUCACUCGACACUAUUUUCUAGAUUAUAUCAAUUUUUCUCCAAUCUAUAUUAUUAAUGCUAAAUUUAGAACAAAAAAAUAUGCGUUACAACUUUUAUAUAUUGUUAGUAUUAUAAUUGAUCCUUUUGUUUAUAAAAAAUAUGACAUUCAAGGAUCGCAUUAGUUAAUAAUUAAACCUACGAAAAUCUUUCUUGAAGAAAGCAAAAAUUAUUAAAUUAACAUCAUAUUUAUAUUAAUAUUUAUAAGGAUUGAAAGAAUGAAAUGCAGAAAGUAUACAUUGUAAAUAGAAUUUCUAAUAUUUUACCAUUAAUGAAAAUAUGACGAAAUUUAUUAUAACAUCAUGAAAUUUGAAUAUUAUACACUACUAUAGUUGAUUUGAAAACAUGAGAUAAAAUUAUUGACAGAAAAUAAUGAAUACAGUAUAAUAUUGACUCUAUAAACUAAUGAUAAUACAGUUAUCAAAAAAUUAUGUUUCAAUUAAUAGACAAGUCGUAUUUAAAAAAAAAAGUAUAGUUUGUAAUAGUGUACUAUACAACGGUCCUGUCUUACGCGAUAAAAUCAAAUUCCUUUAAGAUGUGAAACAAAAAAAUACACUUAUAAUGCAAAUGAUAUAUAAACUUGAAAACAUGCGUAUGAAUUUUCUGUUCCAUUUUUAUAAUUGUUAUCGUCUCAAUCUUCAAUGAUGCCAUUAAUUUUUUUGUACAUAUUGCAAAUUAGUUAAGUUUUAGUGAUAUAAUUAAUGCAUAAGUCUAUACACACUCGCGUGUUCGCCCACUAUGCCCUACACAACUAUGCGAAUAAUUAUGAAAACGGCGAAAUAGUACUUAUUACUGUUCAUCACAUGUAUGUACAUAUGUAACUGCCUGAUCCUUAUAUGCAUAUACAUACAGAUCCGAUGUGUAUAUAUGUAUAUGUAUAUUUAAAAAUAUAAACCAAGAACUAUGUCUAACUUUGGAUUAUUUUCUACACCUUCACAAUUCCUUUUUCAUUGUCGUUGUAUAAUUGAGUUAACAUGCUUUGAAUAAGAUUUUAUUAAAACGCUAUGAUAUGCUAGUAUUGACUCUAAUUUAUUUUAUUGCUUGUCGUAAUCUU